GCGGCGCGUCGGUAUGCUGCCAGCCUGGUGCUUAUAAGUACCAUCUCUCAUCGAGCAGACCAGGCCGGUUUACUAUACCGGGGGACCUCAGCUGAAGCCUCGACAUCCCUAGCUACUAGCAGUUAACUGACCUGCACAUAAUGUUCCACUGAGCAGGGAACCCCCAAAGCCAGUCCCCACCCUCGCCGUCUCACAGACCCACCCCACCAUCCCCACCGCCGCCCUGUUUAGAAACACAGCAGCGACAGCACAGUGCUGUGUAGUACCUCCCGUUGCACUGGCCGGCCCCGAACGCUGCGGCGCGUAGGCUGAGACAAUCUUUUGGCCGGGGCUGUUUGCCGGUCGCCAUGUUGACUGCACAGCAAGAUGGAGCCCCUACCACUGCCAUCAAACCUGGACGAGGCCGAGUCGUUGAUAUUGGCGCUGUACCGGCCGGCGCCGCCUGAGGUCAUCUCCAGGACCCAGGACGCCCUGCAGCGCCUCCAGCGCUCACAUCUGGGAUGGCAGUUCGCCCACGGCAUGCUCGAGCGCCCCGACGACCAGGUCAAGUUCUUCGGCGCCCUCACCAUCAUCAUCAAGCUCAACACCGAGAGCUCUGCCCUGGCCGAGGACGAUGCGAGGCAGCUGCUCCAGAGCCUCAUCGGCUGGUUCGUCCGCUCCCUCGCCGACGGCAGCGGCGCCCUGGUCAUCCGCAAGCUCGCCUCCGCCCUCGUCACCUUCUUCAUCCAGUUCCCCCACCUCUGGCCUGCAUGUGUGCAUCACCUGCUCUACUGCUUCGACGUUGGCCGUGCCGUGCCCAGGGAUGAGGCUAAGAAUGCCCCCACCUCGGCCCUGCUCGCCGCUCUUGAUGAGACAAGGUUGAUGGCUGCCAUCUGGUUCAUUACUGUCUUUGUUGAGGAAAUUGCAAAGACCGAGAUGAAAUCACAGAAGUACUUAGCAGUGCAUGAGAGCCUCGCCCAGAACUCGGAGGAUGUGACGGCACUCUUGGCUUGUGGGCUGUCCAACAGGUCUCCCAGUGGCAUCAGGAUUCGAGAAGAGACUAUUAAGUGUUUACAGUCUUGGAUCCUCUAUGAACAACGUCUUCCGUCAUCCGAUGACACGCUCACGAAACCUCUGCGGGAUCUCAUAAUCCCAGCACUGGAAUGCAUCCAGACUGAAGAGCUGACCGAGACGACAAUGGAGCUGUUCAUCGACAUUCUUCAGAACUAUUCUGGUUUCCUGAAAGAUGAGCACUACGAAGCCCUCUUCGCCCUGUUUGAGAGCGACUGGUCGCGGGAUCGCUACAUGCAGCUUUCGUCCGGUGACUUUGACUUUGCGUUUACGCAAUAUGGAGUUCUGAUGAUUGCAUUCGGCGACGCAAAGGUGCAAACCCUUAUGGAGGGCGUGGACGAGCGAUCGCAUAGGAUGCUUCAAAGGCUCUGUGGCCUACUGAACUGCAGGGGCGUCCUUGUUGGAGAGGACAAAAUCUUUGUCCCCGCCCUUGAAUUCUGGGCCACGUAUGUCGAGACUCUGACGGACACAGUUUACAUGGAGGAAGCGACCGCUUACAGCUGGCUGCCCUUUGCCAUGAGCCAAGUCAUGGAUGCUAUCUCCCACUGUUAUGGCAAGAUCCAACUCGUCGAUCACUCCACGUGGAGCGAGAUGGACUCUAAUGAUAGAGCCGGAUGGGUUGAGGCCCGGAAGGAUGUUGCCGACUUUUUGCUGGCGGUUUGGACUCUCAAGGGGAAGUCCCUAGUGACCAACUUUGUUGAUCUGCUGCUCCAGGCCCUCCCCACUCGAGACUGGGCCCAGAUUGAGGCCUCUCUCUACUGUCUUGGAGCGAUCAGCGACUGCGUUGGGGAUAGCGGGGACUGUGACCAAGACCUGCACAAGGUCUUCUCCUCUGAACUGUUUCAACUGGUUGGGCCCGGGCCCGCCAGGGCGACAAUACCGCCUCGUUUGUUGCAGACAAGCUUGUCGACAAUCGAGCGCUUUUCUGAUUUCUUUGAGCGUCACCAGCAAUAUCUGCCUUCGGCCCUCGAAUUACUCUUCACCGUUGUUGGCGAGGACGGAGCACUUGGGGGCUCUUCCUCCAAAUCAAUAAUGACACUAUGCUCUUCCUGUCGAUCUUUGCUCAAGGACCACGUUGAGGGCUUUCUUCAGCAUUACCAUCGUAUUCACGGCAUAGGAAUUGACUCUGUCGCUGAAGAGAGGAUCAUGACCGGUAUCGCUUCGAUAGUGCAAGCAAUUCCUGAAGAAGAUCGACGGCUGGGCUACCUUGAGGACCUGAUCGCUUUACUCAACAAUGACACACAGCACUGCCUCCGCCUGAAAGAACACCCGCAUCUGGCAGACGAGCAAGACAUGAAGUCAUGGAUCGAGACGAGACUUCGAGCUGAUAUCCUGUCACAGAAACAUGCGCCGACAUCUGUGGACGAAGCGGCUCUUCUCGUAGCAGAGAGGGUCUUGAGGAGUAUAGCAAGCAUGGGCAAGGGCAUGCAGAGCCUGUCUGAGGCGCCUAUCGAGCUAGACGUUGAGGAGGACAGAAGGCCCCAAAACAGCAGCGAGCGGCUCUUGGGCAUCCAGAACCACAUCGUGACUAUGGUGAGCCAGAUACACCAGGCCUUCGGCCAGAGCGGUGAGGUCACAGAAACAAUCUGCAACAUAUUCCGAGCUGGCUUCUCCGAAACAGAACCGGGCCCGUUUGUGUUCCCACCAGCACUUGUGAUUCAGUUCUUCACACAAAAUGGGCCCAACAGCCCCCGGAUAGGCAGCAUGAUCAGCACCAUGUGCUCUUUCGUGAGUUCCUUGAGCAACCGACCCAGGGCACAGGUCCUGGAGUGUCUCGCUGCUCUCCUGCCAUGGGUGCUCGGUCUACUCAAGGUGAUAUCGGAACCCGACAGCGACCCUGAUCUGACGCAAAGCGGUAUCGACUUCAUGAAUCGCGUCAUGUCGCGGUAUCCCGAGGCUCUCCUACAGCUUCAACCGACCAGUGACCUUGAAUUCUUCUUCAUGUUCGCCCUGAGGGUCUUGGACGGAAAGGAACCCCUGCCGAAGGGAAGUGCCUGUGACUUCUGGUCCGCAUUCGUCGCCAUCAAGAGCGACGACGCUUCGGUCCAAGCUGGUUUCGGUAAUGCCCUCGAAUACCUCGGGCCGCUCCUGACGCAGUCACUCGUGCAGAACAUUGGCGGCAACGCGUCGCGCAGCGAGCUGGACAAGCUGAGUGACCCCCUGAAGAAACUUGUCGUCCAGCAUCCCAAGGCCAAGCAGUGGCUCGAAGCUGCCCUGCUGGACCCGUCUUUCCCCAGCACCAAGGUGACCGCUGAGGACAAGUCGAUGUUUGCGAAGAAGGUCAUAAACCUGAGAGGGGCGAGGCAGACCAACACUGUUGUCAGGGACUUCUGGCUGGCGUCAAGGGGUUCCAACUUUGCAUAUGCAUCUUGAUGCUCAUAUGUUGCCGUUGCCAUGUGAGAGGCUGGACUUUUAGUACGAGUGGGCCGGGAAGAUAGAGAUGGAAGAAUGCGAUGCAAAUCAUAGAUACCUCACACACUAGCAUGUGCAGACGAUUGGAAGGCCGACAGACAUGUUUGGAUUGCUAGGUUGCGGGUGUCGUACCAGGACCAGCACUACGAGAAAUACACACAACGUAUGCACGCCUCCUGUCCCGUACUUGAGUGGGGACAAUGAAUCUUAUGCCCCGGGGACGCCCAUCUAUAUGUCUUUGUACACAUCUUACACCUGGAGACGCACGAUCCUAAAACCCUACGGCAUCCUUGACAAGCUUCAUGGUCGCAUCCGCACUCGCCCUGGCCUUCUCGGCACCAACGGCCUCGAGAUCAUCCAGGCCCCUCCCGCCGUUGUUGCCCAUCAGCUCCAGGUACCUCUCCCGCACAUCCCUCAGCUCAGCGACGACCGCAUCCGCCGUCCGCUCCUUGAGCGCCUUGAGCGGGUGCUGGGCCCCCUCGAACCCCCGCGCCACCUCCUCCGGCGUCCUGCUCCCCUUGCCCUUGCCCUUGCCCUUGCCCCCCCUCACGCCGCCGCCCUCGAGGACCGCCAGCAUCUCCAGCAGGUUCGACACCCCAGGCCGCGCGGCGGGGUCGUAGCUGACGAACCCGCUCUGCGAGUCCGUCACGGCGCGCAUGAUCUUGCGCCGCACGUCCGCCUCGGCGUCGGUGAUGAGCACCCUGCUCGCGGCGUUGGCGUCGGACUUGCUCAUCUUCCUCGUCGGGUCCGCGAGGCUCAUGACGCGGCGCGCGGGGCUGACGAUCGUCUCGGGCGGGACGAGGAUGUUUCCUCUCUUCUUGUCCUUGUCCCCGCCGCCGCCGCCGCCAGGGCCGUAGGUGUGGUUGAACCCGGCGGCGCACUCCCGCGCGAACUCGAGGUGCUGCCGCUGGUCCUCACCCACGGGGACGUGCGUCGCGCGGUGCACGAGGAUGUCGGCGGCCUGGAGGACGGGGUAGGAGAAGAGGCCGAGCUUGAGGGCGGCCGCCGAGGAAGACUUGCCAUCACCGCUUCCACCUCCCCCUGCCCCCUCGCCGCCGUCGUAGUCCCCCAGCGCCGACGCGUCCUCCGGCAGCGACAGCUUGCUCUUCCACUGCGUCAUGCGCGACAGGUACCCCAUGGACGCGGUGCACGACAGCACCCACAUGAGCUCGGCGUGCGCGGGCACGGAGCUCUGGUGGAAGAUGGUGCUGCGCGCCGGGUCCAGGCCCACGGCCAGCAGGGCGGCCAGCAUCUCGCGGCGCCACCGGCGCAGCUGCCCCGCGUCCUGCGGCAGCGUGAUGGCGUGGAGGUCGACCACCGAGAAGAGGAGCCGCGUCGUCGGGCUGGUGGAUGUUGCCUCCUCCUGCAGCGCCACCCACUGUGACAGCGCGCCGAGGUAGUUGCCCAGGUGUGGCACGCCCGUGGGCUGGAUGCCGGAGAAGAUCACCUUUGGGGCGGCAUCGCUGGGGUUUGUGGGUGUGGUGGUGGUGGUGGUGGUGGUGGUGGUGGUGGUGGUGGUUGAGGCCAAACGGCGCUGGUGAGAUAUCUGUGAGGAUAUCGACGGGUGCGCGGCUGGGUGUGAAUUGCUGGGUGGCGCAGCUUGGGCGGCCUGUCCUAUUGCUAUGGGCCUCGAGCCCAGUAUCCUCCGUGACCGCCUACACAGCAUUGUGACGUUGAACUGCUCAUACGAGCACUCCCCCGGGUGGUGGUGUGGUGGUGUGAUG